GCCACUUCCAGCUGCCAUGUUGAUAGGGUCAGAAUCGACCGUACCAGUGUCCUGGUGGCGACCGAAACCCAGAGAUGUGGAGUUGCCAGACGUCGUAUCACAUCGCGCUCAAGAGGAUGGGUCUGGAGAAAGUGGAACCUGGACACACGACCCUGCCCUGGCUCCUGUCAGGGCAGCUGUGGCAGGAAGACAUGACCUGCCUCGGACACCAGCACGGCCCUCCGUCUCUGCCCACUCCUGGCAGACCCGUCGGGAGCAAAGCGCACCACCAAGCAGCAUGGCUACGAAAUGUGGGAAGUGUGGACCUGGCUACCCUUCACCUCUGGAGGCCAUGAAAGGACCCAGGGAGGAGAUUGUCUACCUGCCCUGUAUCUACCGAAACACGAACACUGAGGCCCCGGAUUAUCUGGCCACUGUGGACGUUGACCCCAAGUCUCCCCAGUAUUGCCAGGUCAUCCACCGGCUGCCCAUGCCCCACCUGAAGGACGAGCUGCAUCACUCAGGAUGGAACACCUGCAGCAGCUGCUUCGGGGACAGCACCAAGUCGCGCACCAAGCUGCUGCUGCCCAGUCUCAUCUCCUCCCGAAUUUACGUGGUGGAUGUGGGCACCGAGCCCCGUGCUCCGAAGCUGCACAAGGUUGUUGAGCCCGAGGACAUCCAUGCCAAGUGUGACCUGGGCUACCUCCACACCACCCACUGCCUGCCCAGUGGAGAGGUGAUGAUCAGUUCCUUGGGAGACCCCAAGGGCAAUGGCAAAGGGGGUUUUGUGCUGCUGGAUGGAGAGACGUUUGAGGUGAAGGGCACGUGGGAGCGGCCUGGAGGUGCUGCGCCUAUGGGCUAUGACUUCUGGUACCAGCCUCGACACAAUGUCAUGGUCAGCACUGAAUGGGCAGCUCCCAAGGUCUUACAAGAUGGCUUCAACCCCGCUGAUGUUGAGGCGGGGCUGUAUGGGAACCAAUUACAUGUGUGGGACUGGCAGCGCCAUGAGAUGGUGCAGACCCUGACUCUACAGGACGGCCUCAUCCCCCUGGAGAUCCGCUUCCUUCACAACCCGGCCGCUGAUCAGGGCUUCGUGGGCUGUGCCCUCAGCUCCAGCAUCCAGCGCUUCUAUAAGAAUGAGGGAGGUACUUGGUCAGUGGAGAAGGUGAUCCAGGUGCCCCCCAAGAAAGUGAAGGGCUGGAUGCUGCCUGAAAUGCCAGGCCUGAUCACUGACAUUCUGCUGUCCCUGGACGACCGCUUCCUCUACUUCAGCAACUGGCUGCAUGGGGAUCUGCGGCAGUAUGACAUCUCUGACCCAAAGAGGCCCCGCCUCACGGGACAGGUCUUCCUCGGGGGCAGCAUUGUUAAGGGAGGCCCCGUGCAGGUGCUGGAGGACCAGGAGCUAAAAUCCCAGCCAGAGCCCCUGGUGGUCAAGGGGAAACAAGUGGCCGGAGGCCCUCAGAUGAUCCAGCUUAGCCUGGAUGGGAAGCGUCUGUACCUCACCACGUCGCUGUACAGUGCCUGGGACAAGCAGUUUUACCCUGAUCUCAUCAGGGAAGGCUCUGUGAUGCUGCAGAUCGAUGUAGACACAGUAAAGGGAGGGCUGAAGUUGAACCCCAACUUCCUGGUAGACUUUGGGAAGGAGCCCCUCGGCCCAGUCCUGGCCCAUGAGCUCCGCUACCCUGGGGGCGACUGCAGCUCUGACAUCUGGCUCUGAAGUCCACUCCUUCUAGCCCCACUCCGCAUCCUGCGCCCUCACUUCUGCAGGGACCCGGCUUCGCUCUUCUCUCUCAGUCCCUGACCCUUGGCAGCUUGUCCUCCCAAAGCCAAACUCAGGCUGUUGAAACGAAUUGAGCCGUGUCUCUAUCUACCCACCACUGCUGCGAGCUGCUCACUGAGCUCUUGGAAAUCAUUU